CUUCCCGCGCCUGCGCCCGAAUCCAAACCUGCGGAGCGGGGAUUGGGUUCACAGGAACCCGGCGCUCCCGGCUUCUGCUUCCGGGUCAGAGCCAUGGCGGUGGCAAAUUCAAGCCCUGUCAACCCCGUGGUGUUCUUUGAUGUCAGCAUUGGCGGCCAGGAAGUUGGCCGCAUGAAGAUCGAGCUCUUUGCAGACGUUGUGCCUAAGACGGCUGAGAACUUUAGGCAGUUCUGCACUGGAGAAUUCAGAAAAGAUGGGGUUCCGAUUGGAUACAAAGGGAGCACUUUCCACAGGGUCAUAAAGGAUUUCAUGAUUCAGGGUGGAGAUUUUGUUAACGGAGAUGGUACUGGAGUCGCCAGUAUUUACCGGGGGCCAUUUGCAGAUGAAAAUUUUAAACUUAGACACUCAGCUCCAGGCCUGCUUUCCAUGGCAAACAGCGGUCCCAGUACAAAUGGCUGCCAGUUCUUCAUCACCUGCUCUAAGUGUGACUGGCUGGAUGGAAAGCACGUAGUGUUUGGAAAAAUCAUUGAUGGACUUCUAGUGAUGAGAAAGAUUGAGAAUGUUCCCACAGGCCCCAACAAUAAGCCCAAGCUGCCUGUGGUGAUCUCACAGUGUGGGGAGAUGUAGUCCUUAGCAAGCCUGAAUACGCUCUCAGAUAAGGCUGAUGCUGACUUUGAGUGAUGCUGAGGCGACAUGAAAAUAACAGUCUGCCUUUUAAUUGAGAACCCACCACAUCCCAAUCAGAAAAGUCCCAAGAGGAGAUAAUCUCUGGGUGGCAUUGGUCCAGGAGGAAUCUACUGCAUUCAAACCAAGAUAUCACCUAAUCAUGCUCUUGAGGCCUUGUGCCCAGGCACUGGAAAUAUAAGAAGAUAGGAAGGAGAUAGAAGACAGGUGAGGUCACUUGAUCAACUCUUCCUCUCUAUGAAGCACUUCCUUCCAGAACUUUUUGUGUUUUGCCUUAGGUCCUGACUUUGAUUUUAGUGAAAAUGAAGUUUUCUGUAGAACUCUAGAUUUAGAAACCUUGGUUUUAUCUUUGGGUCCUGUGAAUGCUUUUUAUUUAUGAUAAAUUUGGUUAGGUAUACAUAAAUGAACCUUGGCCCUCAGAAUUCUCCUGCCAUAGUCUGAGCUGAGUUCUUUGCACUUAGACUCUCACGGGGGCUGGUGGAACCUGUGUCGAAAGCCAGAGAGUCUCUUGGAAAAGCAAGGGGCUGUGAGCUCUGGAAGCCCUGCUUGUCUGAACUGCUGGUCACCUCCCUGUGGUCCCCAAACCUGGUAUUUGUGGCAAGCAGUAGAGAACUUUCUUUAGUUCAUUAUUUCCCAAAUUCCCCUAAGGAGAAGAAUUACUUGGGGCAUUUGUGAAACCCACCAUUUCUCAGAUCUCUCCCCUGGAGAGUUUGAUUGAGCUAAUUUGAGGUGGGAUGCUAUGUAUGUAACUAGCAUCUCAGGUGCUUCUUAUUAGAAAAACAUGGGUUACACAGCUUUCAGUGGUGCUGGCAUGAAUAUCUUUUAUUUUAACAUUUGUGUCUUAGGAAAAAUAUGUAAUUAGCACAACACAUAAUUUUAUAGUUAUAGCUUAUAAUGAGGCAUUAUUAAAGUUCAAAUAGUGAUUUGGUUAAAAAUCAAUUGUACCUGUGGAUGUAGGACAUGGUAAUAGCUGUGAAGGUGGUAUUCGAAUGACUGAGGUUUAGGAAAUAUCCCCCAUUCUGGGACCACCUGUAGAUGUGAUACAUUCCUGUAGAGGAAGAUUAUGAAAGACAUGUUGGUUGCACGUGGGCUGCUCCUUCAUUAAUUCCACAAUUUAGCACUAAUUAAUUAAGAUAGGUCCCAUGCUGGGUGAUCACUUCCUAAGGUAUAUAAAUGUCUAAUCACUAUGCCGUAUGCCUGAAACUAACAUAUUAUUGUAUGUCAACUGUAAUUGAAAAAUAAAUUUUAAAAAAAGAGGUACCAUGCUGCAUAUGAGGCUGUAAAUUUGAAAAGCCCAGUUCCUGCCUUCAAGGAACUCACAAUCUUUUGGGAAACUGACAAUGACAGUUCAAUAAAGCUCUAGACUGGAGGUUUUGGGACAAAGUAAGGAAAGUGUGAAUGCCUGCCAGGAAUGGUUUGGGAAGGCUGCAGAUGAGAUGAUCCUUCAGCUGAGUACACAAAAGAGUAGAACCUCUCAGGUGGCUAAAACUGGGCAGGGCAUCCACACAGAGGGAACAACAUGAGCAAAGCACAAAAGCAGGAAACAGCAGAAAGUAUAAGAGAAACUUCAAGUAAUUCAAUAUGGCCAAAGCAUGAAGGUACAAAAAGCCAACGUAGGAGGUGAGGCUGGCGGAGGCCAGGCCAGUUGUGAGAACCAGUACAGGCUGAGGAGUUCCUGCAUUAUCCUGCGGGUGGGGAUGGGCCUCAGGCGGUAAGUACAUUUUUAUUUUCUCCACGGGAUGAGAGUCCACUGUGCUCCUGAAAUUCUCAAAAGGGGGCCUGACCCUCCAGAAAGAACCAAGCCAGUGGGAGCCUCUGAAGGAUUUUGAGCAGGAGAACACUGUGCUUGAAUUUUCCUUGGAAGUUGAUUCUGGCAGCAAUGUGGAAAAUGGGUGGAGGCCCAGGAGGUGUAGCCUGCAGCAGUCCAGGCAAGAGGAGGGAGGCUCCACAUGAAAAUAUGGGUUUUGAGAGCACUAGAGAUUUGGCAACAAAUAUUUGCAUGCCUGCUGGGUGUGUGACACUCUUUGUUCCCUGCCCUGCAAGUCAGAAGUCCUGCCAGCUAAAAAGGGAGGGGAGAGGAGAGAAUGUCUGGCUUUAUUCCAGUAAAAUUCAGUACCGUCACACACUGCUUAACAACAGGCUUGCAUUAUAAGAAAUGUGUUACUAGGUGAUUCUGUCAUUGUGCAAACAGAGAGCGCGCUUACACAAACCUAGAUGGUACGUACGGCCUGUUACACACCUAGGCUGUAUGGUAUGGCCUAUUACUCCUAGGCUACAAACCUGUACACGUGUUACUGCACUGAAUACUCUACGCAGUGGUAACACAAUGAUAAGUAUUUGUGUAUGUAAACAUAGAAAAAGUACAGUGAAAAUACAGUAUGAAAGAUUUAAAACGGUCCGCCUGGAUAGGGCCCUUACCCUGAAUGGAGCCUGUAAGACGAAGUUGCUCUGGGUGAGUCAGUGAAUGCGCAAUGUGAAGGCCGGUGAGUGGAUGUGAAGGCCGAGGACAUGACUGUCCACUGCUGUGGACUUUAUAAAUACUACAGUUGGGAUACACUAAAUUUACAAAAACAACACCUGAUUAAACCAAGCCCAAGAGAAAAUGCUGCAGCAGGAGGUGUGGUAAGCACAAGGCGCUGCUGCUGCAGCACGGCAUACGGCUCUACAGCAAGUUUCUCUAAGAAGGAAUACACCCUAAAGUAAUAAAAAGUCCAGUACAGUAUAGUAAAUACAUGAGCCAGUGUCACGGUCAUUUAUUAUUAUCAAUGUACAUCAUUAUAUUGCUAUAGUUUUCUACGACUGGCAGCGCAGGUUUGUUUACACCAGCAUCACCACACACACGUGAGUGGUGCACUGCACUAGGACAUUACAGUGACUACAACGUCACCAGGCGAUGGGAAUUCCUCAGCUCCAUUAUCGUCUCAUGGGACCACGUCAUAUAUGCAGUCCGUUGUUGACCGAAACAUUAUGCGGCUCAUGACCAUAUAAAGGCACAGUUGCAUGUCAUAACCAGGUCUCACACACUGAGGUACAUCUCGUCAAGGAGUGCUACAUCGCCUUAGAAAGAUUUCUCAGGUAAAUUAAGUGACAAAGUCAAGAUGGGCAUUAUAUCAGCAUGAUCCUAUUUAUUUUGAAUAACUUUCAGAAAUUUCUGUAGUGAUAUAUAGCCGAGUAUUAAUAAUGGUUACCUCCACAGGGUAGAUAGCAAAGAGACUUUCUUUUCAGUUUACACUGUCCUGUAUAUGCUUGAAUUUUCUACUCCGAGCAUGUAUCUUGUAACAAAUACAUACAAUAUAUAUGUAGUUUUAACUAAUCCUGGUCUCUCCCAGACCCUCCCAGGAGCGUGUGGCUAACAUCAGUUUGAAUCAUUCCCUGGCCCUCCAUCUCCUCCUUCCUGGCCUAGGCAGAGUCAGUGGUCCCUUCCUGGGUCCUCCUAGGACUUGGUUCAUCCUUCUGUUAACAACAUUGAACACCGUGGAUCACAAAUGUAUUGGUCUGGUGUUCUCUAGACAGAGAACUCCUUGAGGCAGGGUCCGUGCUGACUGACAUAUGCCUGAUCUGUGAUAGAGCUUAGGUCUUGGAACACCGUGCAACUUAUAAAGUGCUGUCAUACGUUUUUGUACAUUCUGCUUUAGGGCCCAGAGUCAAACUUCUGUUUGAGCCUGCAGUGUGACAGCAGGACUCCCUGUCCUCUGGAGGAGGAGGGGUGUGGCCACGUCUGGGGCGAGGGGGACAGUAGUAUCUGAGUGUACUCACCCUGUUCUUUUAGUGCAGCUAACUCCAAGGCCAUAAACAGAGGGUGUGGAAUCUCCUUUCUCUGUGACCCUGGGAUCAAAACCUGCACAGAAAGAUUGCUGUUUGUUCUAGAGCGCCAUAGAGUGCCACAAGGUCUGGCAAAAAAGACAUAGGCUUUGGAGUCAGUAUACCAGGAACCCCCAUCACUGUCAAGCCAUUAAACCCCUUGGGACCCUAGUUUUCUCCUUUGCUUAAUAGUAUAAUGUAUACUGCACAGAAUUGUAAAGGGUAAAUGAGAUAAUAUGCUUGACCAGAAAUGUUAGUUUCUUCCUUCUUGGUUCUUGUGUAAUAUACUUUCAACUUUGCUCUGGAGAACCAAAGGUCUGGCCUAUGGCAAGAAUCAGACCGGUUUUUAUUCUUUGGUUAAAGAGGAUCAGGAAUAUAGAGGAGGUGGGAAGGUUGUCUCCAUGGAACAUCCCCUUCCAGUUCCCUCUGAGCUGCUUGUCUCUUCAUCC